GUGGCGCAAGGUGCAAAUUGUUCAUCAUGGUUGGAAAAUCUUUUUCACAAGGAAUUCGAAGCGAUCGCAUUAUUUUAAUAGUCAUUGCACUGUGUUUAUGUGUGUGGAUCUCAAACCAAGUCUUGGUACGAUAUUUUUCCGGAGGCUUCACAUCCAAUUCUCCAUCGACGUCAUUUAGUUCGGUUAUGACAGAAAGAAGACAGCUUCUACACGAUCAAUGCCUGAAGAAGCCACCAAAUCCUUUAUUUCUCCAAGAAGCUGACUUUACUCGUUUCAUCGUUAUUGAAAAGUUGAAACUAGUGUUUUGCUUCAUCCCCAAAGUUUCAUGUACAACUUGGAAGCGAAUCCUUUAUAGUGCUGAGAAUAAUGGCGAAAAACUAGAAGGAAUCCCACACCGAAAGAAACUAUUUUCUUGGCUUCAGGACUACAGCAUUUUUGAGCGGCAGAAGAUAUUGAGCACCUACUACAAAGCUAUGUUUGUCAGAGAGCCUUUUGCGAGGCUGGCAUCAGCAUAUCGAGACAAAGUUAAAAAGACGUGGUUCAGAAGAUUUCUUCUCCCCGAAAAAACAAAGCGAGAAAUAACAAAAGAAAAAGAACAUUCAUUUUCAGCAUUUGUAAAUAGAGUUAUUGAAACCAACGCAACGCAACAAAAAGAUCGUGGUAUCGAGGAUCAACAUUGGCGAUCAUACGAGCAGAUAUGUCCAUGUGAAGUGGACUAUGACUUCAUUGGUCACUUUGAGAAUUUAGACGAGGAGGCACCAACGCUCCUGAAGAUUAUUGGCGUCGAUGGCUACGUAACAUUUCCUGAUUAUCACCCGUCCAAGACUUCGCCUUACAUGUUGGAGUAUUACUCCCGAUUGACGGUAGAUGAAAUCUUUCAGCUGAAGAAACUGUUUGAUUUGGAUUUUAAAUUGUUUGGGUAUGACUUUCCCGGGCCUUUAGAGGGUAUUUUAAAGAAAAAAGGUCUCUCAUAAGAAAGCAGAGUAAGUUGUUAAUGCAGUAUUUAGAGACUGAUGAAUUGACUUUAAAAAAACUCAAAACGGAAAAGGGGCUUCAAUGAUGGAACAAAUUGUUUAUUGACAGUAUGCAUCUUUCAUCCCAGGUUUACUGACAUACUACGGUUGCAAACGUCAGGUAAAACAUCAAGACUAACGUGGAUUUUUUUUUGAAGAAAGACUUGAUUCCAAAAGACGUUGAAAACUGCUUAAAGCAAAUACCUUACAGAAAAAAAGUGGGAAACGAGGAAUAGUUCGGAGUAGUAAAUGCAUGAAGUAACAGGAAAUUUUCAAUCAGAAGACUCGUUUGCUUUUAUAAUGUCAAAGGUGUCAAGGUUUUUCCACUCCAAGCACCAGUUGGUAAAGUCCGUACUUGAACCGAAUGGCCUAUCCAGCCAUCCAGAGCUUUUUCGGUUUCCAUAACAUGAAGCAAGUUCUCUACCCGCGCGGACCUCUCUUGGUAAUAUGUGGAUCUUACUAUCUCAGGAUGAUAUGCCAUAAUUUACACAACUUAUGUAGAGAACUUUGAAUAGCGGGCCGGUGGUUUUUAGCCAUUAAUGGCACUUUUGUUUUAGAAGGCUCUCGAACACUUUCCCUGGAAAAAUAAACUUCGAGUAAUAUAAA